UUUAAUGAUAAAUUGUAACAAAAAUGAGUAAAGAAAGUUCAGUUUGUCCACCAAUCAGUGAGAAAAACUCCAACAAUGUGGGUAAAGUGACUAGGAAUCCUUUUUUGAACUUCUUGAGGCAGUACCGAACGGAGCACUGCGAUUGGAAGGUUGUCCAAGUUGCAGUAGAAGGUGCUAAAGUUUGGCACCGCUUACCGGAACCCGAAAAAGCAAGAUACAGACAGGAAGCUUGCGGCGCCCCGAAAAUUUCCUACAAAAAAAGGAUUAGAAGCAAAAGAAGGCGAAGAAGGGCUAAGAAUUUAAAAAAAAAUAUGUGCUCUUGUAGAUGUUCAACGAAAACAGUUGAUAAGUGUCGAUCAGAUGGCUUCUUUCAACGUCUGUUUAAACGUUUUCUGUAUGUCGUCGCUCAAACAAGGAAGGAAGGACAUUAAAAUGUAUU